AUGGCCAAGACUGGAAUUGAACUCUCCCAACAAGCCUUGAAUGCCUUCCUCCGAGCAAAAUCAGCCUCUGAUUCUCUCCUAAAUUCCAACUCCACUCCCAUUCAGCCUUUCACUCAAGCCGAUAAACUCAGAUGGUUGAAAGUAAGAAUUCAAUUAGACCAAGAACCACCCGUGAUGGAUCUCGUUGAGACUCAUCCUCUCUCUUCUUCCAUUGAGAAUGACUAUAAUGCCAUGUCUGAGAGUUGUUCUCGUGAAGGUGGUCUCUUGCCUUGUUACUUCUUCUUCCGUUUGGAUUCUACAGUGGGUUGUAGCAGUGGUACGAGCUCAUCUCCUGUUCCUUCCACAAGUUAUGAAUGGUUGUUGAUUUGGUACGUUCCUGAACGUGCUAAAGUGAGAGAGAAAAUGUUGUACUCAUCUUCCAUGGCUGGCUUGAAGGCACAAAUUGGCUUCUCGAACUCUGUGUAUGGAGUUGGGUUGUGGGCUGGCGAUUAUCACACCGUGACUUUGGAUGAUUUAAAGUACAAGAAUUUCAAUUUUGUUCACAAGUCACAGCGCCACAUUCAUGACAUUGAGUUGUACACUGAACAAGAGAGACAAAAGAUUUUAGAAGAAAAGGAAGCUUUUGAUCAAAUUGAAAAGCAAGCAGAAUCAACUGUGACUGCAUCAUCACCAACAACAUCAUCUAAUGCUCCACGUGGUGUUGAAUUUCCAUUUGAAUCAGCUGCACAAAAAGCUAUCCAAAAUUUUGUGAAUGGUUCUUCCAUGAUGGUGGUCUUGAAAGUUGAUAUUGAGAAUGAGAAAAUUUUGUUGUGCCAAGAACACAAAGAUUCAAGCCCAAUUAGUGUGGACGAAUUGAAACAAAUGAUUGCUGACAAUGAACCUCGUUAUAUCUUUUUCCAUUUUGAAUAUGAGCAUGAAGAGGCAGAAGAUUCCAAGAACAAGAAGACAAUCUUUAUUUAUUCAUGCCCAACAAAAUCCAAGGUCAAACAAAGAAUGUUGGCAAGUGCGAGCAAGUCACACGUUCUUUCAACUGUUACUGCUUCAGACACCGUUAAGAUUGAAGCAAGUUUGGAAAUUUCUGAUGUUUCCGAUUUAACUCAUGAUUUCCUUGUAAAAUAUCUCCAUCCUCCAAAGCAAGAAUCAAUCACAAAAUUCAGCAAACCAAAGAGGCCAGGAAGAGGAACUGCAAGAGUUGCAAAGGAAGAGGACAAGUAA